AUGUUCAAAUUCAUCUUACUCGCUUGUGUAUUGGCGCUGGUGGCUGCUGAUCCCAAGCCUAAGCCUGGCGUGUUCUACAGCGCAUACACAGCGCCUGUAGCAGCGGCGUACACUGCACCCGUCGCGGCCGCCUACACAGCACCGCUUGCCUACUCCGCGUACUCUGCUCCGAUUGCCGCAUACUCCGCUUAUCCCUAUGCUGCCCCUUACUCCGCUUAUCUAUUGCGUUGA